UACAUUUAAAACGAGGUUUAUAAUGAGUUCUGAUCACGAUCAGGCAUUUUUACAAAUUUUACGAGAAGAGAAGAAUAUCACCAAUUUCCUAGAAGCAUUUUUUGGUUUUUUAUACAGAUGUACAGAUUUUUACAUCGAAUCAGCUCCGGACCAAAAAUUAGGAUUCGCACCAGGUAUACCAGAAAAAUUGGUUCUGAACAGUUUACAAAAGUGGAAAAAUAUUUCUAAAUUUCCCAGUGGAACAGCUGAUGUACAAAGUUAUGGUAAAGACCAUAACUUAACGGUAGUAAAAGAAAAUUCUAGCAAUUUACAAACUGUACAAGAAGUUGAGGUUGAAACAGAUAUGAAAAAUGAGAUCACAAGUGGACCAGUUCCAUCAAUUGAAAAGGAUCGUUCGUCCGAAAGUUACAAUGGAGCCGUGAGAGAAAACUACACAUGGUCGCAAUCUAUCAGUGAUUUGGACGUACUGAUUAAAUUACCCAGCUGUAUAAAAACAGCAAAGGAUCUAAGAGUGGAUCUAGAAUCGAAAGAAAUUAAAAUAGAAGCAAGAACGAGAAAGAAAGAGACAGAGGAAUCUCACAAUUCUGAAUGGACCACGAUUUUCGUGGGCGAAUUUUCCUUUAAAAUUCGAAAAGACGAGUCUGUAUGGAGCAUAGUGCCUGGGAAACACAUCAGUAUUCAUUUCGAGAAAGUUUCUGAGAGAUGGUGGGAAGCAUUGAUCAUCGGCGAGCCUAAAAUCGAAUUGAAUAAGAUCGACUGUUCGAGAAACUUGGACGAGAUGGGCUUGGAGGAGCAAAUGAAAGUUCAAGAGCUGAUGUGGAAUCAACAGCAGAAGUUUCUUGGCAAGCCAACUUCCGAGGAAAUUAAAAUGGAGAAGAUCUUGAAGAAGGCGUGGGAUGCAAAAGGGUCGCCUUUCGAGGGUACGCCGUACGAUCCUUCGAUAUUGAAAUUUAAUUGAGAUAACGCC